AUGUUUAAAAUACAGGUAUGGGAUAUUACAACGAAGACCGCCCAAUAUUCUUUUGUUCACAAGGAGAGCAUUCAUGCACUUGAUGUCUCAAAAGAUGGCCGUUUGCUUGCAUCUGGUGAUGGCUGUGGCACUACCAAGCUUUGGAAUAUGGAAAGAGGAGUGAAAAAAAAGGAACUGAAGACUGUUGACGCAAGAAUUAAUUGUGUUAAGAUAUCCCCGGAUAGCUGUUUUGUGGCUGCAGGUGGCAACCGGGGCUCUGCUUGUGUUUGGGGCUUGAAGAGGAAAAACGCACAGAAAAGAACACUUCACCACGGAGGGGAGGUCGAGUCAAUAGCCUUCUCUUCGAAUGGUAAAUAUUUAGUUACUGGUGGAGGGGAUUCCCUCAGAUUAUGGGACCUGGACGCUGACGAAUGCCAUUCAGAGAUCGAGAAUUCUAGGCAUGGGUUCAAGUUCCUAUCGGUGUGUAUGACGCCAGACGAUAGGUGGAUUGCAGCUGCCUCAAUGGACGGAUCUAUCCGCUUCUGGGAUUACACAAUGGGGAAAAGCCACUAUAUAUUCAACGCGCAUAAGAACGCAAUUCGUUCAAUAGCGUUUAGUCCCCACGGUGGUUAUUUUGCGACAGCUUCUGACGAUGGGACUGUGCGUAUAUGGUCAUACGAGGGAAGAAGCCUCCGCCACAAACUGGACUCAGUCUGCUCAGCAGCCUUCUCUUCGGAUAGCAAGUAUUUAGUUACCGCAGCAAAGCAUACUCUCAAAUUAUGGGAAAUGGAUACUGGCGUGUGUCUUUCAGACAUUAGGGAUGACGAGCUCGUUUUCCUAUCCGUGUCUAUGACGCCAGACGAUAGGUGGAUUGCAACGACCUUAAAUGACGGGUCAAUCCGGUUCUGGGAUCGCACAACGGGAAAAAGUCACUGCAUAUUCCACGCACACAGAUGUUAUAUUAUUGACGAAAUAGUGUUUAGUCCCCACGGUGGUUACUUCGCGACAGCUUCCGACAGUGGGAUUGUGCGCAUAUGGUCAUACGGCCCGCAUAGGACACCAUAG